AUGGAUGUCUUGGAGUGAAUAACGAUCAGUGUAAAGAGUGACGCUUUCUUCUGGUUUGACCGAUGUUAUAUUGGUCACAAAGUAAUGAUGUCUUCAGCCAAAAAGUUAGACGUGUAGGAUCGAUGGAUUUUCAAAAUGCUUGCUGUUGCGGCUUAAUUUGCUACGGCGUAAUAUGACAUGAAUUUGCUCAUGGACAAUUUGUGUCGUACUGCCUAUGAUUCCAUGGUAACUUUCUUUCGUGGACAUGUCAAAUCAACAACUAAAAUUGGAGUGGAUAACGUCCUUCUAAAUUAUAUUAUAGUGAGACCUAAGUAAUACAGUCAGGCGCACAUACUUAUCCAGCUAUAAUCUGGAGUCAAAGAGCUUAGUUAAAACUAGGCAAAAACACACGGGCACAACUUCUACCGUGCAUCCAGUCCUGUGCGCUAUUAUGAACCAUCUGUGAUUUUCAGAAGCUGUUAUGAAAUCCAGUGGUCCUCUGUUCGGAAGGCAGAAUCCCUUCCAACCAGCAUCCAGAGUGGGGAAGGCACACUACCAUUCAUCCUGCAACCAGUCUGUGUUAAAAAAAAAGAAGAAAACGACGUUGAGUCCUGUACGUUCAAAUCAGAGAUCCAGUCCACAAAUGCACACUCUGAGCCCAGAGAGCCAACAGCCGUCUGACACACUUGACAACGGUUUUGCUGCCACAGAUGGACAGCCUGUUUUUUCAGAGUCCUGGCCCUCCACUGACUGUGGAUCUCCUCCUGCCAGUGCUGCAACCUCAUCUAACAUGGGGAAACCCAAGCAGUCCGCAAGAGCUGGGAAAUUCACCGUUUCCUCUGAGCUAGGAGUUCAGCAGGAUUCAGUGCUGGCAAAAUACAUAGAACGUUUUCGCCACGGUCGACCGCAGAGUCGAGAGGAGCGCCAUCAGAUGGCUUCUGCCGUUGGAGAGGAGCAGCUGCCUUUUUGGUGGAUGUCACCCUCAUCUUUACCCCCCAGUUCAACACCAACUAAAACAGCACACAAAGAUCAGUUCAUCCAGCCUUUCAGAGGUGACCAUGUGCCUGGCAUUUUCAGUCCAGCUGGACAGUGUCAACAUGACAGAUUCCCUUCCCCAUGUAGAGGAUCUCUCAGUAUUUUGUCAGACACUUCCCAGGAUGAAUUUGAUGACACAGAGAUACUACACCUUCAGGAGAGGGCCAACAAACUUCUGCUGACAGGUGAAUGCACUCUGAGUGAUGGUUCUAUCCCCGUCAGCUCAGAGGGCCUGGGGGGGUCAGAUUUCUCUUCUCCAGUCAGUGUAGAUGAGCCAGUGCGAAGACCUUUCAUACCUAGUUUAAUAAAAUCUAAUAAAGCGAAGGCCAGCUCAAACUCAGUUCAAGCUGCCCCCCCCCAAAAGUCUAUCAUUCAUUUCUUGGGGCCCCCCAAACGCCCGGAGGAAGACAUCUUGUUCCAGUGGCGUUUAAGGAGAAAGAUGGAGCAGGCCAGGGAGUGGCCUGAGGCCCUGAAACACUCCAGUCCCACUGACCCCGCAUUUAGCUGGCAGGCUCCCAGUUUAAGUGUUCCCUCAGCUGGUGGACAGGCUCACAAGAGUACUCGACCUCCUGAAUUCUCAGGAAAAGAUACUCAUCCACACGUCAUUGCUCCUCAGCCAGAAGCCAAAGACGCCCACAGAUCAUAUCCCCCAGCUUCAGGUCCACCUCUCUCCCCUGCCUCUGUUGCGUCUGGCUCUUGUGUCUCUCAACCCCAGACUGUUGCCCAUGUCCCUGCCCACAUGCAUUUACUCUGUGAUGUCUUGCCCUGUCCCCUCCAGUUAUCUCACCCUGGCGCACAACAAAAUAUUUCACAGAGGUUAGAUGAGUUCCAGACCAAAGUUGUCAGUAAAAAGAUCCAAGUCCCUGGUAACCCAACAGAUGUCUUCAGUGAUCAGCCCAUACGCGAACAUAUGUCACUGUCAACACAUGCUUCAUCUGGAGCCAUAGCAAAAGAGUGGUCUAUUCGACCCAAAAGGUCUGAGGGUAACAAGAAAGAGAAAGCUCAGACAAAAGAGUCACAGAAGAAUGAGAAGAAGGCAGCAAUGUCCAUCAGAAAGCAUACAGAAUCAACAAGAUAUACUUUGGACAAGGAACAUACUGAUGGCCCUAGGUCUACAAAAAAGGGGAGUUCUACACAUCAAAGACUUCCAAAAAAGGUCAAGCCACUGGCAGAGCUGCAGCAACAGGAGGGAAGCCAGGAGUUCUCCAGUGAGAGGUGUACUGGGGGUCAUGCUCCACCACCUUCUCCAGUCCACAGUGCCUUGGGACAGGUAGUUUCAGAGGUUUUGUUCCCUACGGUGGAUUCAUCAUCUGCUGGAAGGUCCCCCAUCUCCCUGGUUUCUCCUCCUUGCACUGCCUCUGCAAAUCCACAAUCCCCAGUUCCUCCGUGUAAUACAAGGAACUCUAUGGAGGUCAUUUCACAGCUGCUGCAAGAGGCUGAAGAUUCAGAUGAAAACAUGUUUGAAGAUGACCCUUUAUUACAAGUACUUAGGAGACAGAGAAAAUGGGUAAAGGAGCAGAUCAGUGAAGUGGACUCUGUGUUGAAUGAAUUCCUGGAGCAACAAGUUACUUGAACAUUGUCAAGAGGCACCUGAUGCAGUCACUCUUUUAUUUUUAUAAAAGAAAUAAAGUUUAUUU